AUGUCGUCUGAAGCGCCCACAUACAAUUCAGCUUUUCCCGCACUUAAUGCAGCAGGGCUAAUGAACAUUCAGAAUCGGCAAUCGAUCCAACAAGGUUCAUCUGCUUUACCUAGAGCGAUUCAUCACCCGUUAGCACCACCCAAGAUUCCAAGCUAUUUAAAGCAAACAAAAUAUGCAGCUCUGGUUCUAGAGCAAUAUAAUUACCAGCAAAACAAAUAUCAUUUAAAGUCAACAAAGGAUGAAGAACUGGAACAACUUGACUUACGUCUACCAACGUUUUGGAACUCCAAAGACAAGUCCAAGAAUAUCGAUGUCGGGACAAACGGAUUGGAUUUAUCGUAUUCUUAUCUAGGACCUGGGCAAAAGGAAUCGGAUGCAGCAUUAGUUAGAGCGAAUUUCCCAAUGCGACCUCAGUGUGGUAUAUUUUACUUUGAAAUGAAAGUUAUAUCUAAAGGAAAUGAUGGAUAUAUUGGGAUAGGAUUCUGUUGUGCUUCUAACAAGUUGGAAAGACUCCCAGGCUGGGAUCUUGAAUCGUGGGGAUAUCACGGCGAUGAUGGACAUUCCUUUGGUGGAUCUGGCACUGGGAAGAAUUAUGGUCCUUGUUUUACAACGGGAGAUGUGAUUGGAUGUGGUGUAAAUUUCUCUAACAGUUCUGCUUUCUACACAAAAAACGGAAGACAUUUGGGAAUCGCCUUUAAAGACAUGGUCAUUGAUAAACCGGUCUAUCCAGCAAUUGGAUUACGCACACCUGGUGAACAGGUCACAGCAAAUUUCGGCCAUGAGCCAUUUGUUUUUGAUAUUGAACAAUAUAUCAAGGAUCAAAAAAUACGUGUAAUAGAAGAUAUCACAAAGUCUCCAACCGCAAAUAAAUACUUUGAUUCAAACACUGUUGUAAAAUCCCAAGAUAGAGACAUGUACUCAAAGGAGGUGAUGGAUCAACUGGUUCUAUCAUAUUUAAUCCAUCACGGUUAUACAGGAACAGCCAAAGCAGUUGUACAAAACGCUGGUCAUGUUUCCGGUCAGGAGCUUUUCUUGUCGGACGCACAUAAUGAAAUAUCUCAACAAGGAGAGCAAGAUAUGGAGGAGAGACAAAGUAAAGAGCGCAGGUUAAGCUAUGCAGAGAUGGCAGCUUCUUUAUCACCAUCUAGCAGCACCGAAUUACCAAAAACCUAUUCUUCAAAAGAGCCUCAUUGCGAUACAGAGAUGAUGGAUAUAGAUAGUUCCAAUGAUGGGAAGACAGCGGAAUCCCUUAAACAUGUUAUGGAAUAUGGUCAAAAAUUACAGGAAGAAUAUCGUCACGAUACACGAGAUAAAACACGAUCUUGUCUAGUGGAAAUAUUCUCGUUAUUGGCUUACCGUGAUCCUGAUAACAGCCCCGUAGCAUACUUGAUGGAUAUUUCUCGAAGAGAUGCUCUAGCAACCGAGGUAAAUGCAGCUAUACUAGGUAAGUUAUGA